GAAAAGAUGUUUUUGGGUAGUGAAAAGCCGUAAUCAUGAAAGGAUGUUGCAUUAAAAUCCUUUGAGGAUACACCAGACCAGAUAUAAAUCGAAACGACAAAAAAGUGGAUGCACUUAUAAAUCAAGAAGAGUUUUAUUUUGGCAGAUCCGGCCGGAAUCUGUAGUUCCAAUCCUGACAAAACUGACGUUUCUUGUUUUAGUAAAAAGACGCUUCUCCGUCCGUUUGCUACAUUCAAAACAGAGAUGAGCAAAUGUCGAGAAAAAAAGAUCUGUGAAAAUCAGCAUUAUUUUUAAAGCGAUUCUCUAGGGGGGUAGUUUGUCGGAGUAUCCGUUUUUUUGACGCGACAUCAUGGUCAUUUAACGGACUCGUAGGCGUCCGUUCAGCUGUUGAGUCGCUUGGUAAUGUAUUUACCCACAGGGUACGUUUGAUUUUCGGAUGUGUCACCGUCGGCGCACAGACCCUUUGGCGUUACCGACCAUGCUCGCCGCAUGACAGCGUGUCAUUUGCAACCUUCGCCGACGUAAAAAAAAAAAAAAAAAAUUGCACAUUUCUCUCUCGAGUUUGCAGCAAUGGCUUUUUCGGCGCUGCACUGCUUCAGUGGUCCCGAGGUGCUGGAGGACGUGAACCACGCUCGGGGUUUGAUGACCGAGCUCAAGUCCCUGUACGACUCCCGGCUGCUCGGGGACGUCACCAUCGGGGUCGGGCGUGAGGAGGAGCCGCUGGAGGACAGCGGAGACUCCUCCAGGGGUGACAUUGACCAACUUUUCCUGUGCAGCCGCAACGUCCUCGCCGCCGCCAGCCCGUACUUCAAAAGCAUGUUCACGGGGGGGCUGCACGAGAGCGUCCAGGAGAGAGUGGUCAUCCGUGGGGUGGACUCUGAAUCCAUGUCUGUCAUCAUCGAUUACUGUUACACGGGCAGGGUGACCAUCACGGAGAGCAACGUGCAGAGGCUGUACGCGGCCGCAAACAUGCUUCAGCUGGAGUACAUCAGGAAAGCUUGCUCCAGUUUCAUGACCAGGAGGCUGGACCUCUCCAACUGCGUGGGGAUACUGAAGUUUGCGGACACCUACGACAAUCCCGAGCUGAAGGAGAACGCGCAGGCGUUCAUAGCCCGGAACUUCAGCCAGGUGUGCACCGGGGGGGAGCUCGGCGAGCUGGACUUGGUGCAGCUGAAGGAGCUGCUGUCUCUGGACACCCUGGACGUUGACUGCGAGAAGAAGGUGUGCUCGGCGGCCCUACAGUGGAUAGAGACCAACGCGCCACAGAAGAAGGAGGACGCUUUGCAAGCGCUCAAGUGCGUGCGCUGGAACCUGUUUACCGAGAAGGACAAGUGUUACUUGGAAAGCCUCAUGACGAGGCCUCUAAUAGAGAAGUACUUGGCAUCGUUUUUCGACAGGUCUGCAGAGGACAGCUGUGGGAUGUCUGCACCUCUAGACGUACCAAAACACAGGAUAGGUGUGAGUGCGAAAGAAAUGAUCCUCUUUUUCGGUCUUCCCAACGAUAACAUCAUGUGCUGCGACCCUUAUUCGGAGGACCUGUAUUUCAUGGCUCCUCCGCUGGAGGACCUGAGCAGUCAGGAUUACAAACGCUCCACCAUGGAGUCUCUAAUCGCCUGCGCCACCCCCGAAAACAACUUGUACCUAGCCUCCCACCUCUCUAAACACUUCUGGCUGUACAACCCUGUCCUCAACAGCUGGCAGGAGCUAGCGGAGAGGCCGCUGGGGAGGAUACACUCGGGGAUGGGCUAUCUCAACGGCCACGUGUACCUUCUGGGUGGAAGGAAUCCAGUGACAGAUGCCAGACUGAAGGAGGUCGAGUGUUACAGUGUGCAGAGGAACCAGUGGACGUUUGUGGCUCCUCUGCCGCACUCUUUGGGUAAAAUGCAGGUGGUGGCUCUAAAUGACCACUUGUACGUGGUGAAUAAAAGGAGAAUGCUUUGCUACGAUCCCAAGAGGAACCGCUGGCGCCACUGCGGGUCGCUCCGAAGAGACAAGCUCCACAAAGCCUGCGUGUUCCAGGACCAGAUAGUCUGUGUGUGUGACAUCCCCGUGGUGAAAGCUUACAGCCCCACCAGGGGGGAAUGGAAGAGGUUGGGCGACAUUCCCAUCGACAGUCGAGCCCUAAAUUACCAGGUGAUCCAGCACAACAGCAAGCUGCUCCUCCUCACUCAGACUUUGCUGCAGCACAACAAGAACAGAGUCCUGAUCCAUGAGUACGACCCAGCGAGGGACACGUGGAAGAACAUCAUGGCGGUGUACGUGUCCACGCUGGGACCCGUGUGCGUUUCGACACGCGUGUACCCAGCGUGCCUGGGCUCCGCACACAGCUUCUCCACAGAGGAAGACGACGACAGCGGCUCCAGUGCAGACUGGGACUUUGACGGCCUCACGGACGCAGACUCUGACUCCGGCAGCUCCAGCUCUUUCUCAGAUGAGAACUGGUAGCGAAACGCCUACGUGUGUCAAAAGAAAGUUUAACUUAUUUAAUGGAUAUUUACAGGGUGGGUUUGUCCGCCUGGAGAGGCCACAGUAUUAAUUCAAUGUAAGUGCAGUCGUCUAAAGCACAAGCUGAUCAGAAGUGGAAGUCUUUACAUGCUUUACUGGUCUCUUACAGGUUUUCAGUGAUGCCAGGAGGCAAAGGCUUCGUUCUUCAGUUGGCAUCGACAUGAAGGUCGAUUUGAUGUCUGUAUAUUUAUUGUUUGCGCAAUAAAAAUAGCAGUGGGCUCCACUACAGAGGAGAGAGUCAUGCGUCAUCAUGUACCACAUUGAUAAGGCAGCUAAGAGGAGGAUACUACACAGAUGUAGUAUUACACUUGAGUAUGAGGAGAAAUUGUGUGAGACACAUUAGCAAAGAAUGGUCAACAGCAUUGAGUAAUGUAUCCUGGUUUGUCUCUUAGGUCAAAAAUACUUUAAAUCCUACACUUCCCAUGAUUCAGUGGUUCCCAAACUGUUCCUUUGUCUUGCUCUUGACUCUGCAACCUGUAUAGUAGGAGAGCUUUGUUCCUUAGCAGUGUAAUAUCUAAAAAAGAGGAGCUUGGAAGAAAAGGUUUGGGAACCACUGUCUUCAUCUGUUGCUUCCUACUUUUUACACACAUACUCUUCCCACUUUAACUGAAUAAAAUUUGUGCACUCCAAACCCAAGCUCAGACACUCGGUUAAUGUUACUUCUUAAUGUUAAAUCUUUUUUUUUUUUUUAUUGACAAAGCCACGCCAGAGCUACAUUUAACACCAAACAGUACAUAAAGCAGUUUGCACUUGCCACCUACUACUCCCUGUGGCUAAUAAACUGUACGUACAUCGAAUUUUUUUUUACUCAGUCUGUGUUUGUGACCGAACUAUUUGCAAAUAAAUGUUAUCUAGCUUGAAUAAGUGCUUAAUAUUACGCCGAUGUGUUGAGUUAAUCAUGAAUUUGAUGUCAGGCAGCUGAAGUGCCUCACGUUUAUGACUUCAAACACAACCGGUCGUAAACAGGGCUUUAAGAUCUACAAUCCUUUUUAUGUCCGCGUGCAUCGAGACCUCGCAGCCAAACGAUGAUGUUAAACUACUGUCUGAAAUCUAGAAGCCAAUGUACUGUCCGCUCUCUCAGGUUUAGGCUUCAGCGAAAGCCUGUUUGCCAUGAUUGACUUUUCUUUUUAGAUGUGGUAAAGAUUGGAUUGUUUUGGUGACUGAUCAUACAUUUUAUGGAAAUUUAUUUGGAAAUAUUGAAUGUGUGUAUGUGUUUUCUUAUCUGUUUUUUUUUUUUAACUAUGUUUAAAUUAAAAAAAUCUGUUUGUUUUUUUUUAUUGUAUCUGAGGGUGAUAUGUCUGCAUGUUUUAAAGCUGUUAUAAAGCCAUUGUCCUCACCAAGUAACCCCUACACUCACUUAUCAGUUUAUUAGUGGUGCGUUUUCACUCAAUGACACAAAUAUUGUAGACAAAAUAUUAGAGCCUCUAACAACUUGGAAGUGUAACCUUCAUAAUGGUUCUCUUCUUACAGGGUUGUUCUAUAAAGCAGUAUUAUCUUUCUUGGUGUACCUAAUAAACUGGUAAAUGAG